CGUCGCACACAUGGACGCCCAGUCGCAUUAAGCAUCAUGAGUGCUGUAGGUUUCUGUGGAAACUGGAUUAUUGUCACCUGCGACAAAAAACUGUUUGCAGUACAUACAAAGGAAGCCAGAGAUCCAUUUGUGUUUGACUGCAGCACUGCUGAGAAGAAGCCUAAGAAUACAAAGGAUGAGAAGAACAGUGAUGGCGGUUCCUCAGAAGAAACAGGAAGUGAUAAAGUCCUCGCCUUUGCUGUAUCUCCAUCUGGAAAGCUCCUGGCACUGACUGAUGACACCAAGAGACUAGUUCUGUUUAGCUGUGAGCCUUCAUGGCACUGUAUCAGCAUCAGGUGGGUGGUGAGGAGGUGCACGUCGCUGGUGUUCACCCAGGCUGAGGAUGAGCUGCUGGUGGCGGACAAAUCAGGAGAUGUGUACGCGUUCUCGGUGGUUGAGCCACAGAAAGAAGGCGGGCUGAAGAUGGGCCACCUAUCCAUGCUGCUAGCUCUAACAGUGUCGCUGGAUGACAAGUACAUCAUCACAGCUGACCGUGAUGAGAAGAUCAGAGUGAGCCAUCUCAGGUCUCCAUACAACAUCCAGUCCUUCUGCCUGGGACAUCGUCAGUUUGUCAGCGCCCUGCAGAUCCUGUCAACACAUCCACACUGGCUUCUGUCUGGAUCAGGGGAUGGGACUUUGAAGCUGUGGGACUAUGAAUCUGGCUCUGAGCUGCAGAGUUUGGACCUCAGACAGCUUGACGAGACCACGAGCUCUGAGGCUGACAAAGACAAGGAUCCAACAGUGUGCCGAAUUACCAGCUCGAGUGAUGGUCAGUAUGUAGCUGUGCAGUGUGACAGCGUGCCCAUACUCCAGCUUUUCACACUGACUCAGAAGGGCAAGGAGAAGCUUGUGCCGCACAGCAGGAUCUCCCUGCCCUGCUGUCCCCUGGACGUGAACUUUGACCCGGAAGGACGACUGUGGGUGCUAAUGGACUCUAGUGACGCACCACUUCAAAUCUACUCACUGACACACAGCUCCUGGGAGUGUGUUGCUCAUGUACCUGAACUUAACAGAGUGACUAAAGCCUUCAGGCCACACUGGGAGACACUUGAAGCCUCCUUAAGGACUAAUAACCGCUUUGAGCAGCUGCACAAGGUGACCUUUGACAAUGUGGCGGUGUACCUCCAGAGGAAACAAGAAAGGCUGGAGGAGCAGCACCUGAAGAGGAGCGGGGGUCAAAGAGCAAAGGGCAACAAGAGGAUCAAGAAGGAAACUGAGGCGGUGACUCAGCCAUUUGCCUGAAGACAUUUGAAGAACAUUUAUUUCCUUGUUUUGAUGCAUUGAUAAAAUGUGUGAGCUUCACCUCACAGGCCCGAUGAGGGGUUCUUAUGUUUGACUCAAAUUUCUCUUAUUUUUAAAGAAAAAUGUUAUAGAAACAUUAUCAUUAAAGUCUGCCCUAUGUUUCCACCAUCACCAGUGAAGGAAACGUGCUGUUUACGGAAAUGCACCAUAUGCACUCACACUGUCUACGGGUUAGUUUGGCUCUCUGUUCACAUUUUGAAGCAGGUUUCUGAUUGCAUGCAUGCAGUGUGUGGUAACAGCAACUGAGGAAUUCCUCAGGGUUUUUCCAGAACACGAUUCUGACUGGUAGGAAAAGUUGAGUGAGUUAUG